AUGCAAAUUUCUGUCAAUCAAUACAAUCAUAACCUAUAUAUUGAAAUAAACAUACAUACAUACAUAUAUAGUAUGAAUAGAUGUUAUGAAAAGCUAUUGAGAUAUCAUCUUCAGUUGACUCCAACAUGUAGAUCAACACAUACGUCAUUUGACGCCAAACGAACAAUUCUAUUGUUCUUCUUAAGCAAGUUGAUCAUUCUGUAUCGCAUCUGA